AUGCGUCUCCGAAGCGGCUGCCCCACGGCCCAGCUCUGCAUCCCCCCUCCCGCCGUCCUGGUGAGGAGCUUUCCCGUGAAAAGCCGCCCGGAUCCCUCCUGCGGCACCGCCUGCAACUUCCAGCAGGGCUUCUGUUUGCCCCCUCGUGGGAGCCGCUGCUGCUACACCGGAGUCCCCCAGGGCAGCACCACCUACGUGAACCUGGGCGGGCUGGGGCUGGCACAGGGAUCCUGCGGGCUGGCCGUGUCCACGCGUGUCCCUCCCUGCUGCCAGGGGGUGAGCAGCUGCAGCGCCAGCUGCAGGGAUCCCUGCUGCUCCCAGGUGACCCAGUGCAGCGCCACGUGCCAGGAUCCCUGCUGCCAGGAGGUCACCAAGUGCACCACCACGUGCCAGGAUCCCUGCUGUAAGGAGGUCACCAAGUGCACCACGACAUGCCAAGAUCCCUGCUGUAAGGAGGUGACCCAGUGCACCACAACCUGCGUGGAUCCCUGUUGCCAGAACGUAACCAAGUGCACCACCACGUGCCAAGAUCCCUGUCGUCAAGAGGUGACCAAGUGCACCACCACAUGUGUGGAUCCCUGUUGCCAGAACGUAACCAAGUGCACCACGACAUGCCAAGAUCCCUGCUGCAAGGAGGUGACCCAGUGCACCACAACCUGCGUGGAUCCCUGCUGCCAGGAGGUCACCAAAUGUACCACCACGUGCCAAGACCCCUGCUGCAGAGAGGUGACCAAGUGCACUACUAAGUGUGUGGAUCCCUGUUGCAAGGAAGUGACCAAGUGCACCACAACUUGCCAAGAUCCCUGCUGUCAAGAAGUGACCAAGUGCAUCACCACUUGUCAAGAUCCCUGCUGCCAGGAGGUCACCAAGUGCACCACGACAUGCCAAGAUCCCUGUUGUCAGGAGGUGACCAAGUGCAUCACCACGUGCCAGGAUCCCUGUUGCAGGGAGGUCACCAAGUGCAUCACCACGUGCCAAGAUCCCUGCUGCAGAGAGGUGACCAAGUGCACCACCACAUGUCAAGACCCCUGCUGCAGAGAGGUGACCAAAUGCAUCACCACAUGCCAAGAUCCCUGUUGCAGAGAGGUGACCAAAUGCACCACCACAUGUGUAGAUCCCUGUUGCAAGGAGGUGACCAAAUGCACCACCACAUGCCAGGAUCCCUGCUGCAAAGAGGUCACCAAAUGUGCCACCAGGUGUGUGGAUCCCUGCUGCCAGGAAGUGACCAGAUGCACCACCAGGUGUGUGGAUCCCUGCUGUGCCAGGGUGACCAAGUGCACCACCAGGUGCCAAGAUCCCUGCUGUGACAGGGUGACCAAGUGCACCACCAGGUGUGUAGAUCCGUGCUGUCAGGAGGUGACCAAGUGCAUCACCAGGUGUGUGGAUCCCUGCUGUCAGGAGGUGACCAAGUGCAUCACCAGGUGCCAAGAUCCCUGCUGUGUGACCAGAUGUGCCACCACCUGCGUGGAUCCCUGCUGCCAGGACGUGACCAAGUGCAUCACCACCUGUGUGGAUCCCUGCUGUCAGGACGUGACCAAAUGCACCACUCAGUGUGUGGAUCCCUGCUGUCAGGACCUGACCAAAUGCACCACUCAGUGUGUGGAUCCCUGCUGCCAGGACCUGACCAAAUGCACCACUCAGUGUGUGGAUCCCUGCUGCCAGGACGUGACCAAGUGCAUCACCAGAUGUGUGGAUCCCUGCUGCAAGGAGGUGACCAAGUGCACCACCACAUGCCAGGAUCCCUGCUGCAAGGAGGUGACCAAGUGCACCACCACAUGCCAAGAUCCCUGCUGUAAGGAGGUGACCAAGUGCAUCACAACUUGCCAGGAUCCCUGCUGCCAGGGGGUGACCCAGUGCACCACCACGUGCCAAGAUCCCUGCUGCCAGGAGGUGACCAAGUGCAUCACCACGUGCCAGGAUCCCUGCUGCAAGGAGGUCACCAAAUGCACCACCACAUGUGUAGAUCCCUGCUGUCAGGAGGCCGUCACCAAGUGCGUGGAGUCCUGUCCCACCCCCUGUGUCACCCAGGCCUCCCCGCUGUGUGGCCAGCGCUGCUCCAUCCGCUGCUCCGACGUCCGCGCCCGGAAAUUCCGGGGUCUCUGA